AUGUUUUUAUUUUGUUGUCUUAGACUUCGCAACAGGAAAUGCGAUGGCGUCCCCAACGUGGGAAAGCUGCUUUACGGCAAGAGGAAAAACGCCAUUCACACAACAAGCAAGGCGAAACCGUCUGUGGUGGGGCUGCUCAUGCAAGUGCCAGAGUCGGAGUUGCGCCAGGCGGCAUGGCGAGCUGCAAAUGUGAAGGAGCUCAAUAAAUCAACUCUCUCAGAGGUGCUCAAAAAGUAUCGCGCUGUCAACCGCCUUGACCGCUCAGAGGUGGUGGUGGCGGUGGCCGACGAGUUUUCUUUGGGGCUGACGUCAUCACAUUACUGUACCUUGAUGGCUCAUGCCAAUGACAACAAGGACUACCAGACCGCUUUGCGCUACUGGAAUCGUGCAUGCAGUGAAAAGAAAGCCAAUGAGAAGGUGCACGGUGCUCUUCUAGCCACGUAUCGUGGUGCGAGCCGUUGGAAGGAUGCGGUGCAGCACUACAAUGCGAUGCUCGAAGAUAAGAUAACACUUGAUCCAUAUGCGCUUCAUACAGUUAUGAAUGCGUGUCGAAGAGCAAAUGCCUGUGAUGUGGCAAUUACAACGUUCUCCAAGGCAGUUCGCUCAGGGGCUUCCCCGAACAGUGCCGUUUAUCUUGAACUUCUGCGGUGCAUGCAGCAGCUGCGUAAGCCCAACCAAUGGAAAAUGAGCCUUGAGGUCCUUUGUUCCAUUGAGGGGAAAGUGGAUCUAACAGCUGGUCAUUUCAACGCCACAAUGGCGACAAUGGGUGGUGCUCUUUGGACCAAAGGAGUGGAGUUAUUUCAAACGAUGAAGACAAAAAAUGUGCAGCCGAGUAAAGAGACACUGUCGACAUUGACUUUACUCAACCCGAACAAUCUCCCUCACGCUGUGCAGUGUGUCGCAGAGGCUCACACGCUUGGGAUGCCGAUAACCGACGCCAUGUACCGUGCGGUCCUCACAAACUUGUUUCGACUGAAACUUGAUCAUGAGGCGGUGCGGUUUGCCGAGCGGGAGUUCGGUAAAUGCAACGAGGACCCAGGGAAUCCUGUGAAUGCAUCGAUAUCACUAAGCCUUGCCAUUAUUGACGGACUUUUGGCACAUAACAGACCUCAGGAGGCACUCCUAUUCUUCUCUACAUUUGAGACAAGGCUGGGCAAUGUUGUGGGGUCCGCAACGCGCGGACUUGGCACCAUUGGGCUUCGUUCGCAAAGGUGGAUUGUUCAGGGGCGAGUGGCCGUCGUCGACCACAACGUCCUUCUGGACCCGCGUUGUGAGUCUCUUUUUUCCCAUUAUGACUCCAUACUUGUGCCCUUUUCGUCCAUUCGGCUCCUUGUACGUCGGGUGCGGGAGUUAUUCGGCACGCUGAAAGGGCGUUACACGAAGCAGAGGCUAAAGCGACUGCAGGAGUUGACGGCCGAUCAGAGUACUCCAAUGCGUGUCUUACCAAUGGCGCAUCAACUCAUCGCCCACACUUACAUCGUGGAUGGACCUAUCACAUCCGAGUCUGUCGAGUGUUUACGCGAAACGGCACGAGAGAAGAAAGACGAAGAUGAGCAGCUGCGAGAAGAGCAGAGGCGUCUCACAGAGUCGUUUUUUAUCCGUAAAAGGGAUGCACUUUUCUCCAAAGAUGGUUUUGUUGCUCGAGUUUGUGGAAGCAGCAUCAACGAAGGGGCAGAUGUGGCUGUUGUAGUGAAACCGGGCGAGACCCCUGUUGUCAGCGGCAGUGGUCCGGUCGUGCUGAACAGCCCGGACCGCAUGAGUGCCCCAGAGCGUGUGCUUGCCGUGGCUGUGAUGCUCAAAUCUCUAAACCCCGACUCUAACGUGCACGUUGUCUCACCAAAUCCCGUACAGUUGCAGGUAGUGGAAAAGUGGAACCAAAUGCAUCCCGCCAUACCUCUGACGAUGGUUCGUUACCCUGAAGAAGUCACUUUGAAGGCACCGGCAGAAGAGCAGCAGCAGCAACCCUCUUUUGACAGGAGUAACGAAGAAGUACCCGUAACAAAAAAGGCAUCUUGCGAUCGGGUGCCUUGGCAUGAAAGAAGGCCUCUCUUUUUUCCGUCAUGA